AUGACAACGAAACUCUGGUUAUGUAUCACCUUCUCUGUUCUCCUAUUCGAUGCAGGUGCCGAAAAAAUAUCUGGAUCUGAUUUUUUAAGCAAUCUGAGGGGUAGUCACAAAGGUGACACUAUUGCAAGCAUUAGCAUGCUCAAGAAGUACCUUCAAGAUAUCGGUUAUAUUAAAUUUGAUCCUAAUAAUGCGAAUAUUAGUUCUAAUAUUUUUGAUGAUUUACUAGAAUCGGCUCUGAAAACGUAUCAGUCGUAUUAUGGUCUGAAUGUCAAUGGACUUCUUGACGAUAACACAGUGUCAUUGUUGUCACAACCUCGAUGUGGUGUGCCAGAUUUUCCGCAGGAGAGACCGGACUAUUCCUUCUUUCCCGGUAAACACAAAUGGGGGACGUACAAUUUAACAUUUGCAUUUGCUCCGGGAACCCGAGAAGAUGCUAUUAACCCAGUAGCAAACGCUUUGGAGGAUUGGGCUUCAGUAUCCCCAUUCAGAUUUUCACUAAGCAACACAUUUGAUGAUGCAAAUUUCAAGAUUAGUUUCCAGCAAUUUUAUGGGCCUUAUCAACCAUUAGCUCUUGGAUUCGAGCCCACUGCUGGGAAGCUUCACUAUAAUGUUGAUCGGAAGUGGGUGAAUGGUAAAGUUCCUGGUGGAUACGAUAUAGAGAGUGUGGGCUUGCAUGAAAUUGGACACCUUCUUGGGCUUGGACAUAGCAAGGACUUUCAUGCUAUCAUGUAUGCUUAUUUUUGGCCCAAUACUGUCAAAAUCGAAUUGCAGCCUGAUGAUAUUCAAGGGCUUAAAGUUCUGUAUGGUUUUUAGCAGAAAUGUUUUAUAGUUAAGGGUUUAUCCUCUGUU